GGCGGAAUGGGCGCCCGGCUGUUGCCCCCGGCCUGGCAGCUCUAUCUCAAGGACCACCGCAUCUCUACGUUCAAGAACUGGCCCUUCUUGGAGGGCUGCUCCUGCACCCCGGAGCGGAUGGCCGAGGCCGGCUUCAUCCACUGUCCCACUGAGAACGAGCCUGACUUGGCCCAGUGUUUCUUCUGCUUCAAGGAGCUGGAAGGCUGGGAGCCAGAUGACGACCCCAUAGAGGAACAUAAAAAACAUUCAUCUGGGUGUGCUUUCCUUUCUGUCAAGAAGCAGUUUGAAGAAUUAACUCUCAGCGAAUUUUUGAAACUGGACAAAGAGCGAGCCAAGAACAAAAUCGCAAAGGAAACCAACAGUAAGCAGAAAGAGUUUGAAGAAACUGCCAAGAAAGUGCGUUCUGCCAUUGAGCAGCUGGCCGCCCUGGAGUGACGCCCUCCUCGCUGCACUGGCCCAGCGCCGGGCACCGGCGCCUCCAGGGUCCACAGUGUCCCCAGCCUUUCCGGGGCUCCUUAGCAGUGCCCUGGGAAGGGAGGACUUCAGAGAUUUGACGUUAGACCGUUUA